AGGUUGAAGGGAGGUUAGUUUAAGAGCAAGUUGGGCUGUGAUUCAAUGUUUUCGUCUUGGAUCUGGACCACUCAUCUCUGUCUAUCCCUUGUUUGGCUGAAAGAUUUGGUUGAUUUGGAAAUCUAGAGGGGACACGAGCUGCAGCCAUGGCAGAUAAAGAAAAGAAAAAGAGCCAAAAAAGAAGCGCCACUGUGUUCGGCUACCCAGUAAGCAUCUUUUUCAUUGUGGUCAACGAGUUCUGCGAACGUUUCUCCUACUAUGGCAUGCGAGCUAUACUGGUGUUGUACUUCAAGAACUUCCUAAGGUGGGAUGAGAACCUCUCCACAACCAUCUACCACACCUUUGCGGCUUUCUGCUAUCUCACUCCCAUCCUAGGGGCGAUCAUUGCUGACUCGUGGCUCGGGAAGUUCAAAACCAUUAUUUACCUGUCCGUUGUUUACGCAGUGGGGCAGGUCAUCUUGGCCAUCAGUUCUAUCCAUGACAUCACAGAUGGAAACAAGGACGGCGAACCUGACAACAUGACUGUACACAUAGCUCUGUCCAUGGUGGGCUUGCUUCUCAUUGCACUGGGAACAGGAGGCAUCAAACCCUGUGUGGCUGCCUUUGGGGGGGACCAGUUUAACGAGGAUCAGGAGAAGCAGAGAGGCACCUUCUUUUCCGUCUUCUACCUGUCCAUCAACGCAGGCAGUCUGCUGUCCACCAUCAUCACCCCUAUCCUCAAAGCUCAGACAUGUGGUAUUCACACUCAGCAGGACUGCUACCCAUUGGCCUUUGGAGUCCCUGCUGCUCUCAUGGCGGUCGCUCUUAUCGUCUUCAUCCUCGGAAGUCGCAUGUACAACAAGACUGCUCCAUCAGGCAACAUCCUGGUGAAAGUCUGCAAAUGCACCUUUUUUGCUGUCAAGAACAGGUUUCAGCAUCGUUCUUCCAAGUACCCAAGGAGGGAACACUGGAUGGACUGGGCUGAGGAGAAAUAUGAUAAACUCCUAAUUGCCCAGGUGAAGAUGGUGUUGAAAGUGCUGUUCCUCUACAUUCCCUUGCCCAUGUUCUGGGCUCUCUUUGAGCAACAGGCCUCAAGAUGGACCUUCCAGGCCACUGCUAUGGACGGUAACUUUGGUUUGAUAGUAAUCCAGCCUGAGCACAUGCAGACUGUCAACCCAAUCCUGAUUCUGAUCAUGGUCCCAGUCGUGGACAUCAUAGUCUACCCGCUUAUUGCCAAAUGCAAAAUAAACUUCACUCCCUUAAGGAAAAUAACUGUGGGGAUGUUUCUUGCGGCCCUUGCAUUUGUGGCUGCUGCCCUGGUUCAGCUACAGAUUGAUCCAACCUUGCCUUCUUUCCCAUCAAGUACUGAGCAGCAAGCUAAGUUCAUCAACAUGGUUAACAGAACCAUGAAUAUCGUGGCUGGAAAAAAUAAUUUCACAUUGAAGGCUUUUGAGGGUGGACAAGAUUAUUUUACAUAUACGGAACCAUUUAACCUGACAAUAGAUUCUGUUUCCAAUGAAGCAAUCAACUUAACAGCUGGCACUCGUAAUACCAUUGUCAUUGUUGAAGAGGAAUCCUUUAUGAGCAGUAUAAGGUUCAACGAUAUUGCUGAAAAGCCGGACAAGGGCGCUAAUGCUAUCAGAUUUUUCAAUGGUUUUAGGUCCACUUUGAAUAUAAAAGUAGGUCAACAAGAGUAUGGGAACAUCACGGCCAACAUGUCCAUAUAUGUUAAUGUGUCACAUGGGAUGGCUGAAUUCAUCAUCAAGAAUAUUGAUGGGGAUAACUGUAUCUUCAGUAGAAACUUUAGAUUUGGCAGUUCUUACACUUUCAUCAUCCCACCAAUCUUCGCAUUUGGAGAAAAUUGUGAACAGCACAUCAAGGAGGUAGAGGAUAUCAAGCCCAACAGCUUCCACAUGGCCUGGCAGAUUCCUCAGUACUUCCUUAUGACAUCAGGAGAGGUGGUCUUCUCUGUUACAGGGUUGGAGUUCUCAUAUUCGCAGGCUCCCUCCAAUAUGAAGGCGGUGCUGCAGGCUGGUUGGCUGUUAACUGUUGCAGUAGGAAAUAUCAUUGUGUUGAUUGUUGCAGGGGUUGCCACAAUUCCAGCUCAGUGGGCUGAAUACAUCCUCUUUGCCUCUUUGCUGGUGUUUGUGUGCAUAGUCUUUGCCAUCAUGGCCUACUUCUACACAUACAUUGAUCCGCCAAGUAUAGAGGCCCUUUUUGUCAACUUGGAGUCUGAAGAUAAAAAGAAGAAUUUGGAAAUGACCAAGACCUACAUGGUUGAGAACCAUAAUGAGAAAAGGAAGAUUUCAGAUACCAGGUCCAACGAGGAUAAAUCUCUCCAGACCAACUUCUAAAUCAAGACCUUUUCCGGCUUCUGGCGUAUACAAAGCUGCUGGGUUCUGUAAGUCGUGCCUAAGAGUGUGUGUGUUGCCUAGGUCCUUUGUCAUGACAAAAACAAAGAAUUAGAGUUAAGGUAUGACCAAAUUGGGAUGGGGAAUCAGAAGCUGGUUGAGAACAGUGAAUAAACAUUGCUAGUGUAGGAUUUUAUUAAGACCAGUAUCCAGAUCUCAGUUUAAAAUCUAAAGAGAAUAUGCUAUUUUGAUGAUAAUCUAUGCUUUGACUGUAAUUUCUGAUCAGUUUUUUUUGUGGAACCCCCCCCUCCAUAUUUCAAAUUUUUAUUUAUUUCCAAACACAGUAUUGUAUGUAUUAUAAAACUAUUAUGACUAUUUUAUCUGUGUCAUGAUGUAGAUAUCUAAGACUUCGCAGUUGGCUAGAAAUGCUCCACGUUCCAUUGUGACCCGGGAGUAUACUGCUUUGCGCAGGGGUUGGUCAACGAGGUGUAUAAUAAAGAGGCUAGCAUGGCACUAUCUGUGAUAAAACCAAGUGAAAAUCAAAUGUGCAUUAAAAUGAAUAUUUACUAAAAAUC